CGCUACGGAAGGCGCCGCGCGCCCAGCGACGCGCACUUCCUCUCCAGGCGCCCGUCUGCGAAGGAAGCGCAGAAGGCUCGACGAGCUGCUUUGCUGGACGCGGAGGCUCCUCUGCCCUGGUCGCCCGGAGCAGACAUGUCCGAAGCAAGUAAGCAGGGGUGCGACCCCGCCUUGGCAGCCGAGGCCGCCGCCCAAGCCGAGGCGUGCGGCGGGCCCGGGGUUCCCGGGGGGCCCCCUUCGCCCGCGCUCGCGACCGCGUCCGCGUCCCAGGCCGCGGCGGGGUCCGACAGCCCUCCCGUAGGCUCCGGCGACGCCCCUGCCGCCUCGCCGCCGCCGCCCGAGGUCUGGAGCGACGAGGAAGACCCGAAGGCCCUGCUGCAGGCCGCGGAGCAGGAGCAGGAGCAGGAGCAGCAGCCGCCCGAGGAGGAGGAGGAAGAGGAGGAGGGGUGCGCCCGCCAGGCCCCGAACGCGGCCCAGCCGGGCCCCGCGCCGCCGCCCACCGCGGCGCAGCUGGUGCAGAAGGCGCACGAGCUGAUGUGGUACGUGCUGAUGAAGGACCAGCGGCGCAUGGUCAUCUGGUUCCCCGACAUGGUGCGCGACGUGCUGGGCAACUACAAGAAGUGGUGCCGCAGCAUCCUGCGGCGCACCAGCCUCAUCCUGGCGCGCGUCUUCGGGCUGCACCUGCGGCUCACCAGCCUGCACACCAUGGAGUUCUCGCUGGUGAAGGCGCUGGAGCCGGCCGACCUGGAGCGGGUGGCGCUGGGCGGCCGCAUGCCCAUGAUGGGCCUGCUGCUCAUGAUCCUCAGCCUCAUCUACGUCAAGGGGCGCGGCGCCCGCGAGAGCGCCGUGUGGAACGUGCUGCGCAUCCUGGGGCUGCGGCCCUGGAAGAAGCACUCGACCUUCGCCGACGUGCGGCGGCUGCUGACGGAGGAGCUGGUGCAGCAGAACUACCUCAAGUACCAGCGCGUGCCCCAGGCGGAGCCCCCCGAGUUCGAGUUCUACUGGGGCGCCCGCUCCACCCGCGAGAUCACCAAGCUGCAGAUCAUGGAGUACCUGGCGCGCGUGUUCAAGAAGGACCCCCAGGCCUGGCCCACCCGCUACCGGGAGGCGCUGGAGGAAGCCCGGGCCCGGCGGGCGGCCGCGCCCCCGACCCCCUGCCCCCGCAACAGCUUCUCCGAGGACUAAGCUGGGGUCCUCGGAGGGAAGGGAAGGGAGAGAGGGAGGUGGGGAGACCCUCCCCAGGUGUCUGACCCUCUCUCACCAGUCUGGAGGGGGUAGGGGGGGUGGGGGGGUGCGGGAAGAGGCAUUUUAGCGUCUUAAGGGGGUUUCACGCGUGACACCUGUUAAGUUUUCCGUGCUUUUAUACACCUCUGAUUCACGCCAUGUUAUUCCUUUCUGUCCCCUUCUUAAAAAAAAAAAAGAAAAAGAAAAAGAAAGAAAAAAAAAAAGUAGUGGGUAGGGAAUUCCCUCUGCAUGUCUGUUUGAUAGCAGUAACCUCUCUGUUGGUGCUUUCAGCUUUUGUGCUGCCUUGAAAUUUUUUUUUUUCCUUUUUGUACCAGGGACGUGCUAAAAAACAAACAAACAAACAAACAAAAAAACACAGAAACCACGCGUGCGCGCGCAUUGAGAAGUUUGCCAUCGCAAUUCUCUUUCUAUGGGACGGAUGACAGGAUGUGCAUUGGGGUGGACUGUGCCCCCAGGGGGGUCUCGAUGGACGAGAAGGACUCCACCCGCAAAGAGCUGGCGACCCCGCUGGGGCACAGGCGGCAUCCGUGUGGCGUGGCCGUCGUGGACUGGACUGGCCUCCGUGUGGGCACUUGGCUGCCUUGUUUACGAAAACCCGAGUUACAGACCCCCGCCCCUGAGUACACUUUAACAAGCAGUAAAGGUCCUUGUGAUACAA